AUGCCCUCUACUGAGGGACAACAAACUACAUUGGGUGAACCAGGAAUUUUUGUCCCUAAAGACCCAGAAGCUUUGGCUGCCUUUAAAGAGGUCAGAGACGUGGACCCAAAGACUUUAAACGAGCCUGAAUUGACUCCUGAAGAAAAAAAGAAGCAAAAGAAGAAGUUGAAGAAGACUCAGUACAAGCUUAACAAGAAGAAGAAGAAGGCUGCUGCUGCCGCCGCCGCCAACGGUACUCUGAGCACCGAAGUCACCACUGAGGCAGAGGUGACCCCUACUCCUGAGCCAGUUGAGACUCCUCAAGCUAUUGCUGCCCCUGCACAAGAGUCGGUUGUUCCUACUCCUGAAGUUAUCGCUGCUGCGGAAAGCAACUCUGAAGCAAAGGAAACUGUUCCCGCUUCGGAGGAGGCGCCAGCCACAGAAGCUGCACCAGAGCUGGCAGAGGCCAGGGAUGUUAUUCCACCGGCUGAAGAGUCGCUUGUUCCAACUCCAGAGGUUAUCGCCGCUGCUAAAGAAUCUGAUCCAGUUGUAGCCCCAGUUGAAACUCCAGUGGAAGAAGCCCCAGUGGAAGAUGAGCCAACACCUGUGAAGGAUGCUGAGCCCGUUGAGUCUACUCCUGCUGAACCUACACCUGUUGAAGCUGUUCCAGUUCCAGUUGCGGUUCCAGUUGCAGUUCCAGUUGCGGUCGAAGCACCUGCUCCUUCUGCUGAAGUGCCUGCUGAAACCGCACCAGCGCCAGUUGAAUCCAAGUCUGUUCCAGUAGAAGAGAAGACAGUCUCGCAAACGAAAGAGGUUGACGCUUCGCCAAUUGACAAAAAGUUUGACAUCGAAGAAGGCGAUGAGAUCAUCAUUGCCCAGGGCGGAAGCAGCAGCAAAGAAAUCGAAGAACAACUCCGUGCAGCUAACGGCGGAGCACCUAUUGAGGAGAUCCAACCAACACCAUCUGAAGCGUUGAAAUUAACACAAGAAGCAGAGAUCCAAGAGACUACGCCAGCUGUGGAGGCUGCUGUGAAGUCGGAAAAAUCCGAGACCAAGCCUGCUCCAAAGCAAACCAAGGCGCCUGCUACUAAAGAGAAGAAGAAGGGAUUUUUCUCCAAGAUCAAGAAGAUGUUCAAGUGA